CCGCAAGGCUAAAAGACAAAAAGAAAAUAGCCCUGUUUCCCUUGUUCAUUCCGACCAAAUACAAUGAACCGAACGUUCUUACGGUAUGCUCGAAACAACAUUAAUGGAUGGACAAAAGUAGUUGCGCCAAGCUUAAGAUAUAUCUGAUAUCAGUUGUUCUAUUUCCAAAAAGUCAAGUACCGGCUGCUUCGCGUGCAUUUGUGCGUCGACCUGCAUUACGCGCCACGACCCAUAAUACUAACCCUACGUCAUCGUGUCGCCGUCUAUACGCAACUGCCAACAAUAACAAUAAAACAGCUCAGCGAUCCUCUUUGAUUUCACGACAAACUGCAAAGGAAUGGAAAGAAUUGAGUACUCCUCAGAAGGUGGUUGCUGCUUCCAAGGUGACGGUCGACCUUGGUGUCAUUCUCACAGGUUUGGCACUGACUUCUGUGUUGCUCUACUUUGUUGGAUCUGAGCUCUUUGGAUCGGAUAGUACAACGGCCAUAUUUUCAGAUGCUGUCGAUCGUAUCCGUGUUCAUCCAGAGCUAUCUGAACUGCUGGGCGCACCAAUUAAAGGCCAUGGCGAACCGAGCCGAAACAGAAUGAAGAGAAACAGACGUAUCCAUCAUCAGAUUGUGAACGAUGCUCAGGGCAACCCUCAUUUGUUUAUGCGAUUCUAUGUUGAAGGACCCAAUGGAGAAGGUACCGCCAUGUUGGAGAUGAUCAAGGAUGACAAGGGCAGCUGGCAAUACAAACAAUUGUUCUGCGAUGUACCCGGUCAAGGAUACCCUUCGCGUCGCUACUUUGUGGAGGAUAAUAGAUCUUGAAUAAAUAAACAAAAAGGCUGGUCAGCAGGGAU